UCCAGAUGAACCGUCCAAUACAAGUGAAACCUGCCGACAGUGAGAACAGAGGAGAGGACAGGAAAUUAUUUGUAGGAAUGCUCAGUAAACAGCAAACAGAAGAAGACGUACGUCAAUUGUUCCAACCCUAUGGCUCGAUAGAAGAAUGUACGAUUCUCAGAGGGCCUGAAGGACAGAGUAAAGGCUGUGCAUUCGUCAAGUUUAGCAGCCACGCCGAAGCUCAGGCAGCCAUCAGCGCCCUCCAUGGAAGCCAGACGAUGCCGGUAAGUAGCCAUCUAUCUAUUUCGUCGAUACCAAAAAAAAAAAAAAAAAAACUAGAAAAAAAAAGUCCAAGCCUUUCUGCAAGAUUGAACUCCUUUCCAUCUCCCCCAGUCUCUGUCUCCCGUUCUCUUUCCUGA